UUGACAAUGACAUUUUCUACUAAUUAAUUACAGGUUAUGUUUUAAUCUUCUUAUAAAUUAAAACAAGAAUACAUCCAUGGAAAAUACUGACAAAAGACCACAGUUUGGAAAUAGACUACUAGAAAAUGUGGAUGAGGUCUUCAAACACAACGCUUGGUACUGUAUUCAAAGUUAGCAUUCGAUUUUGUAAAAGAAAGGAAUAUCCUGAAAAAGGUGUAACUAGCUUGGAAGUUACGAGGCAUAGAAAAAAACCCCCUGGCGGUAAUCGAUAUUUAACUGAUCCCGAACACAUAUUUUUAUUCAAUGCAUGGGACAAUGUACAGUGGGAUGUGGAACAAGAAGAAGCAGCGGCAAAGAAAGUCCAACAGAACUCUGUUAUAAAAUUAUCAGAUGAAAAUAUAAAAGACUUAGGAGAGAAUGCUAAUAAACAUUGGGACGCCUUUUAUGAUAUACACCAAAAUAGAUUUUUCAAAGACCGUCACUGGUUAUUCACGGAAUUCCCUGAACUAGCACCGGACAAUACAUCAGCUCCCAUCAGGGUGUUACCCAAAACUGAAAUUAGUAACCAAUCACACGAAAAUAGAAAUGAAACUAACCAAUCAAACAACGUUGACAACCAAAACAAAAGAUACAUAUUUGAAAUUGGCUGUGGGGUCGGCAAUACUAUAUUUCCUAUACUCCAGUACAGCCGCGAUCCAAAUUUAUUCAUAUAUGGGUGUGAUUUCUCAUCUAAGGCGAUAGAUAUUAUGAGACAAAGUGAUUUAUAUGACAAGAAGAGGUGUGAGGUGUUUGUCUUAGAUGCGACGGUACCUGAAUGGCAGGUUCCAUUCAAAGAAAACUCAUUAGAUAUUAUUGUUCUCAUUUUCGUUUUGUCCGCUAUUGAGCCUGCCAAAAUGAAAACAGUAAUUGGCAACAUUUACAAAUAUUUGAAGCCUGGAGGUCUAGUAGUGUUCCGGGACUAUGGGAAAUAUGACCUUGCUCAAUUGAGAUUCAAAACGGGACGCUGCAUAUCAGAGAACUUUUAUGCCAGAGGCGAUAACACUAUGGUAUACUUUUUCACACAGGAAGAAAUAUCAAACCGUUUUAGAGGUGCUGGAUUUACUGAAGAACAAAACUUAAUAGACAGAAGACUGCAAGUGAAUAGAGGAAAAAUGCUGACAAUGUAUAGAAUUUGGAUUCAAGCAAAGUAUCGUAAACCAGCAUAAUAUAAUAUAUAAUUUUUACACC